AUGGGGUACAGGGACGGGGGGACAGUGGGGACAGGAAUGGGGACGGGGAUGAGGGGACAGGGACGGGGGGACGGGGACGGGGGGACAGGAACGGGGACGGGCGGACAGGGACGAGGGGACAGGGACGGUGGACGGGGGGACAGGAACGGGGACAGGGGACAGGAACGGGGAUGGGGGUCAGGGAUGGGACGGGGACGGGGGAUGGAAACGGGGGGACGGGGGGACAGAGAUGGGGGGACGGGGACAGGGGUCAGGGACGGGGGACAGGAACGGGGACGGGGACGGGGGUCAGGGACGGGACGGGGACGGGGGUACAGCGACGGGGACGGGGACGGGGGUUCAGUCUAA